UUUUCCUCUAAUGAAAAAAUUCUUGUGUUCCAAUUUCAAGGUUCAUUUUCUGUCGGAUUUCCGCGAGCACAAAAAAACCCAAAAAUUUUGGUUUUUUUUUUGCAGUACUUAGAGGUGCAACUGGCCUGUACAUGAGUAACUUUGAUUGCAACCAAAAACAAGUUUGAUCGCCUCAUCCUGUGAAUUUUUCUGCAUAUGUCGACCAUUAAGGUUUUUGUUUUGUGAGAUUUUGGAACAAGUUCGAGGACACUAUUGAAUGUAUUCCAUACUUCAUUCGCAAUGUUCUAUACCCACCAAGCUUUCGUCGGUAGUAGCUCAGGAUAGGAUUCCGGCAUUGAAAUCAGCAAAAUUUGCUCAAAUUCCUUCAUGGGUAUCUUUGAAAAAACGCAUUCCUUACCCGGAGAAUUUUCAAGAUGGCCAAGUUGAAAACGUGCAUCUAAUUUCUUUAGCAAGAGAUGGGAAGCUCAAAGAGGUUCGAGAAUUUCUCGAAGCAUUGAAUGGGGCGGGCGUUUCUGUUACUGCCAAAACAUUCAAAUGCCUUUUCGAAGUGUGUGGGAAUCUGAGGGCUCUACCGGAUGGUAGAUUCGUUCACCACCUGCUGCAGAGAACCGUGAGCAACCCACCUGGUUUCCUUCAGAAUUGUGCUCUGAAGAUGUACUGUGACUGUGGUAGCUUUUCAGAUGCACGGAAAGUGUUCGAUGAAAUGCUCGAAAGGGACUUGGUGUCAUGGGUUAUAAUGAUAUCUGCAUAUGCGCAGCAUGGGCUUCUCAAUGAAGCUUUACAGUUGUUCUUGUCAAUUCAGGCAUCAGGAUUUAGACCCAACCAAUCCAUUUUUACAAGCCUCUUAAGGUCCUUUGAUGAUCCUUCUUUCUUAGACCUUGGCAAACAAAUGCAUUCUCAUCUGGUUAGACAUGGACUUAGCACAAAUGCCUCGAUUGAGACUGCAGUCCUGAACAUGUAUGUCAAGUGUGGUUGGUUAGAGGGAGCUGCGCUCGUCUUUGACAAGAUGACUGCAAAAAACAAGGUGGCUUGGACUGGAUUGAUGGUAGGAUACUCUUCAAAAAGUGACAAACUGCAGGUUGCACUAGCACUUUUCGAGAAGAUGGUUUGGGAAGGUGUCGAACUCGACGAGUUUGUGUUUUCAAUUGUCCUCAAGGUAUGUGCUGCUUUGGAAGAUUUGAGCUUGGGGAUGCAAAUUCAUGGUUGGAGUGCUAAGCUUGGGUUGGACAGUGCAGUCUCUGUGGGAACUCCUCUUGUGGAUUUCUAUGUGAAAUGUGCAAGUUUUGAAUCUGCUUUCAAAACUUUUGGGAGAAUACAAGAGCCAAACGAUGUUUCGUGGAGUACCAUCAUAACGGCAUAUUGCCAAAUUGGUAAAUUUGAUGAUGCCUUACAGACAUUUAAAACUCUCAGGAGCCAAGGUGUGGUUUUGAAUUCUUACAUCUAUACUAGCAUUUUUCAAGCGUGUUCUGCUCACACGUGUUUUGAUAUUGGUACUCAAGUUCAUGCUGAUGCAAUAAAAGGGGGGAUGAUUUCUUAUUUAUACGGAGAGAGUGCAAUGGUGACAAUGUACUCCAAAUGUGGCAGAUUAGAUUACGCCUUCCAAGCCUUCAAAUCAUUAGACAAACCUGAUACUACUGCUUGGACUGCUAUAAUAUGUGGUUAUGCAUAUCAUGGCUAUGCUUCUGAAGCUUUGAGGCUUUUUACUGAAAUGCAGGUGUCCGGUGUUCGGCCAAAUGCUGUUACGUUUAUUGCAGUUCUGACCACUUGCAGCCAUUCCGGCUCGGUAAGAGAAGGCAAGAAGAUUUUGGAUUCUAUGAGUACUAUAUACGGCGUAGAACCUACAAUUGAUCACUAUGAUUGUAUGGUUGAUAUAUACUCUCGUGCGGGCCUCCUAGAUGAUGCCCUUGAGUUGAUAAAGAGUAUGCCAGUCAAUGCCGAUGCGAUGAGCUGGAAGAGCUUGUUGGGUGGGUGUUGGAUCCACAAGAACCUCGAGAUCGGGAAGACUGCAGCAGAAAACCUCCUUUUGCUGGACCCAGAGGACACAGCCAGUUAUGUAACCAUGUUUAAUUUGUAUGCUGCAUUUGGGAAAUGGCAAGAAGCAGCUCGUGUAAGAAAGAUGAUGGCUGAUAAGAACUUGAAGAAGGAACUCAGCUGCAGUUGGAUUACCGUUAAAGGCUCAACGCACAGGUUCAUAGUAGGCGAUCGACACCAUCCUCAAACAGAACAGAUAUACUCAAAAUUGGAGGAAUUAAACUUCGAAGGUAAGAUUGCUGAAACCGCACUUCUAACAGAAGAGGAUUUGGCAUGUGCUUUUCCCAAUCGAAAAGAACAACUUCUGGUUCAUAGUGAGCGACUUGCCAUAGCAUAUGGGCUCAUAUCGUUGCCGAUUAAAGCUCCCAUUCUGGUUUUCAAGAACCUCAGAGCAUGCARAGACUGCCAUGAGUUUGCUAAGAAGGUCUCCCUGGAGACAGGUCGCGAUGUAAUUGUUAGAGAUUCAAACAGAUUUCACCACUUCAAGCGAGGGAAAUGUUCUUGCAAUGAUUACUGGUGAUUGAAUCGUGUUAACUGAGUUAAGUUUCAAUUAAAUUAUCAAGACUUUGCGAAGAAAACUCUCUUCAAACAUAAGUCAUGACCUCGGUAGUCCAUGGUAGCUUUGCUUCCAGAGGGUGAGGGUUAACUUCAACCGGGUAGUCCAUGGCAGAUUCCCAAAUGUUUUAUAAGCUCAACUGCUCAACCAUCAGUAGACUAACUUUGCUUCCAAUCUACCUUAUAAAUUUCUUGUA